AUGGCACCACUCGCAAAGCGGCCACGACGGUCCGACGACGUUGAUGCGUCGAAAGGAGCGUACUACGACAACGUGCCAGGCACUUCGAUGACGCGUGCCUCGGUGGGACCUGCAUCAUCCAUAGCCGCACCACAGCAUCCGGCCUACUUUCCGGCACACGGUCCAAACGGCGUCUCGUACACUAGCAUGGGAGCUCCACUUAGUCCUUUGCUGGCGUCUGAACCUGGUGGUCGAUCGCUCGCGCCGCCGACAGCAUCGUCCAUGCCGCACGGCCUCAGCCAGAUACACAGCUCGGGAGGCGAGGACAACGAGGACAUGGCGCCACCCAAGAGCAGCUCAGCUCAAACCACACGUGGGCGUGGCCGCGGACGUGGUCGUGCACGAGGUCGAGGUCGCGGCAGAGGUACUGCCCGUCCCGCUGUAGAUCAUGCCGACGUCUCGCAGUCGUACAGCGACGCGCAUGCCUUUGCCCCGAGCACGCACGAUGCGGUUCUCGAAGACGACGCCGAACCCGUCGCGGAGCCUUUGGUUUUCCAGUGUCGUCAAUGCUUCCGACUUCUGGGCGAUUCGUUCGCAUUCGUUGCGACGGACACCGAGCUGGGCUACGUCGUGCUGUCCGACGUCUCGGAUGUCGUCGCUCAGGAUACCACCUUCCAGACCUCGACCGAGCCAGGCAAGGACGUGGGCGCCACCUUUGCGCUUCUACGCUGUGGAGGAUGCAAAGCGACCGUAGGUCGCACCUACAGAACCACGCCGCGGCACUUGGACGAUCUGCGCGAUUGCGCCAGCCUGGAUGUAGACGCGGUCACAACGUAUCGCUUCGGAUCCAACACCACGCUGCAGCUGGAAGAGCCACCGAGCCCCGCGAGGGUGGAAGACGAGGCGGGAAGCGCGACAGUGAAUGGAGACAAGGCUUUGGAACAGAAGAUGGAGCGCACGCGCGCACUCACGAUCGAGCUCAGCGACCGGCUCAUCAAGGCAGAGGCGGAUAUUCGCAGAUACAGCAACCUCGUCGACGAGUUGCUCGCAGCGCGGGACGCGCAGCUCCCAUCCACCCAGCCUGCGGAAGCAAGCGCACAGGUCGAAGCGCCAGCACCAGCACACGACGCAGCGGCUGAGGUGCGAGAGCCAACCACCACCCCGCCUCCCGCCCGCACCGCCGAGGCCGAAAACGAAGCACCGCCAUCUCAACCACCUACCAAACCCAAGCAAGAGCCCGAUACAUCGAGGCGCAGGUCGUUGCCUCCACCAGCUCGUGCCACGCGCAGCUCCCGCGCAUGCAACCUCGUCGUUCUGGUAGACAGCGCCAACAAUUCGUCGUUACCCUGA